CAUAAACUGGCCCCGCAACUAAACUCGAGCGCGCUAGUGAGGAAGUCGACGAUGCGACAAAUUGUGCCCUGUUGCUAGUAUGGGCAAGUUGAGUAAGCGGACUUUACGAAAAGGUUUUAUAAUAAACGCACGCAUAUUGAGACUAGCGAAGGCCGCCGAGGAUACGCCCCACCUCCCCCUCGUCGUCGCCCUCCUGCUCCUGCUGCUGCGGCCGCUCCUGCUGCUGCAGCAGAGCUUGCGCCUGAGCCCGGGCUUGGGGAACACCACGAGCACAGCCACGAGGAUGACACUGAAGCGCUGAAGCGCUGAAGUGCAGCGACAGCUUGAGCUGUUUGUGCAAGUUUCACUGCUGCAGCAUGUGCGUAUUAGCGAUGUCAUAAGCCGCAGUUCUACGCGCAAACUGUGCUUAAUAGAGCCAAUAUGACUGGUUGCGGGGAGCCGCGCACAGAGUUCCCUGAGCAUCCGUAUGAGCAGCCCUACGAAAUUCAGAAGCAAUUCAUGCAGGAGCUAUGGCAGACACUGCAGAACUCUCAAAUUGGGCUCUUUGAGAGUCCAACUGGAACGGGCAAAACCAUUUCCAUAAUCUGCGGUGCGCUGCAUUGGCUCGAAGAUUUCCGAGCGCAGCAGGCGCAAGAGGCGCUGGCGAGCUGCGGGGCUGGUGCAGACGGCGACGACACGCCGGACUGGCUCAGGGAGGCAGCGGUAGCUGUGAAGAAAGCGGCAGAGCCUGAGGCGCACCCAUGGCUGCGUCGGCCGGGCCGAGCCGCAGCGCUGCUUGCUAACGGGGCGGACGGCGGCCCCCCGGCCACGGCACCGGCGCGACUCGGCGGUUGGACAGAGGGGCGGCCGCUCCCUUCGCACAGAGGCGGCACCGCGGCGGUGCCGCCGCUGCUGCCGCACGGCGCCGAGGCCGAAGACGAGUUUCUGCUGCAGCCCACGCCCGCAGAAGCAGCCGCCGUAGCAGCAGCCGAGGGUGGCGACGGCGGUGUCGGGAUGCGGCGGCGGCCGCGGGGCGGGGCGCUGGGUGACAGCAGCGGCGGCAGCAGUGGCGACGAGGGCGGCGGGGGCGACGAGGCGAGCCUGGCUCGGGAAGCGCUGCGCGCGCUGCGUGCCCCUCCCGGCCCCCCGCCUCCUCGCCGGCGCCCCCAGGUGUUCUUCGCGAGCCGCACACACAGCCAGUUGGCGCAGUUCGUGGGGGAGCUGAGAAAGACCGGCUUCGCCUCCCGGCUGCGGCUGGUGAGUCUGGCGGGCCGCCGCGGGCUGUGCGUGCACGAGCCGGUGGCGGCGCUGGGCGCGGCGGGGCUCAUCAACGAGCGCUGCACGGAGCUGCAGGAACGUAACAAGGGCACUUCCAAGGCCAGGAAGACCGCCCCGUGUGCAGCUGGCGGCGGCGGCGGCUGUAGCGGCGGCGGCACUGGCGGCGCCGCCACUGCGGGCAGGCCGCGUGGCGGGCGCAAGGCGGGCGGCGGCGGCGGCGGCGCGUGUCCCUUCCUGAGCCCCAGCCUGGAGGAGGCGGAGGCGUUUGCGCACGAGGUGGCGGCGGCGCCUCUGGAUGUGGAGGACCUGGCGAGGCUGGGUCGGCGGCGGCGGCUGUGCCCCUACUACGGCGCGCGCAGCCUGCUGCCGGAGGCGGACGUGGUGGCGCUGCCGUACAGGGAGGAGACUCGUGUGCGUGGCUCCCAUGGCGCAACAGUGACGGCGGCUCAGCUGGCCACUGCCAAGAGGCAGCUGUCCGCCUACUUCGAGCGCUUCCAGCUGCGCCUGUCCCCGAGCAACGCCCGCAGCCUGCAGCUGCUGCUGAGGCUGGCGGCAGCGCUGGAGAGCAGCCUAGCGCCGCCGCCCGCCGCCGCUCCUCCUAGCCCUCCUCCCUCCGCCUCCGGUCCCCUCACUGCCGCUGCCGCGUCUGCCCCAUCUUUACUGACCGGGCACACAGGGCCGCAUCCUCAAACGCAGCCUCCUCCUCAGAAACAGCAGCUUCCUCAGAAGCAGGCGCAGCAGCAGCAGCAUCCAGCCGUGUUGCCGGCGUCUGCUACUGCCGCGGCGGCUGGCAGCAGCGAGGUGGUGUGUGUGGGGGAGUUCCUGGUGCGGCACCGGCUGGAGCACGUCAACCUGUUCUCGCUGCUGGGCUGGGCCAGGGACAGCCGGCUGGUCAUGAAGGUUGCGGGCUAUGACCUGGCUUCCACACCCGCAGCCGACAUAGCCGGCGACACGGCCGCAGCCUCUGGCGGCGGCGCCACCGCCACAGGCGUUGGCGGCGCCGCUGCUACAGCCAGUGCCCAGGCUGCGCUGUUGGAUCUGCAUCAGGAUCCGGACCUGGCAGAUGAGGAGGCGGAUCUGGAUCUGGCGGAGGGCCGCGCCGGCCUGGCCAGUCAGAUGGCGGCGGCGCGGCGGCGCGGUGGCGGCGGCAGUGGCGGCGGCGGCGGCCGCAAGGCGGCUGCAGCAGGAACAGCGACGGCUGCCGCCGCAGCGGCAGCGACAGCGACAGCGGUUGCGGCUGCUACAGCCGGCGGCUUCGGCGCGCGGCGCUCCGCACUGUUUGCGUUCGUGUCGUUCCUGACCGCGCUGACUCACCCGUCGGCGGAUGGGCGCAUUGUCAUCAGCCCCGGCGGCGGAGCCGGGGAAGGCAGUAGCAGCAGUGGUGGCAGCGGCAGUAGCUCUGGCGGCGGCGGCGGCGGUUGCCUGCGCUACACGGUGCUCAACGCUGCGGCGGCGUUUGCGGGGGUGGUGGCGGCGGCGAGGUCGGUGGUGCUGGCCAGCGGCACCCUGUCACCGGUGCAGGGCCUGGUGGCCCAGCUGCUGCCGGCCGUGCCCCCCUGGCGGCUGCGGCACUUCGCGUGCGGCCACGUGGUGCCCGCCUGCCAGCUGGCGGCGCUGGUGGCGGCGCGGGGACCCACGGGUCUGCCGCUGCAGCUCAGCCACGGCCGGCGGGGAGAGCCGCGGGUCAUGGAGGAGCUGGGCCGGCUGCUGGUGAACAUCUGCACGGCGGUGCCGGCGGGGGUGGUGGUGUUCGCGCCGUCAUUCGCCUACCUGGACCAGCUGGUGUGUGCCUGGCAGCGCACGGGCGUGUACGGCGCACUGGCCAGCCGCAAACGCGUGUUCGUGGAGCCGCGGACAGCCGGGCAGGUGGAGGCGGUGCUCCAGGACUACGCUGCGACCAUCCGGAGCUGUAGCGGCAGCGGUGGCAGUAGCAGCAGUGGCGGCAGUAGCAGUAGCGCUGGUGGCGGCGGCGGUAGCAUCAUGGAGGCGGAAACAGGGGGGCAGCCGCCGCAGGCGCAGGGUGUGGCGGCGGCGCCCCGGCGGCGGCUGACUGGGGCGCUGCUGCUGAGUGUGGUGGGCGGCAAGCUCAGCGAGGGAAUCAACUUCGGAGACGACCUGGGCAGGUGUGUGGUGGUGCUGGGACUGCCCUACCCCAACCCCUCGGACCCCGAGCUCCGGGAGCGCAUGCGCUUCCUGGACGAGGCCGCGGCUGUAGCAGCAGCACCCGCGGCAGCUGUAGCGGCGCCGGCAUCCACUGCUGCUGCUGCUCCCGCUGCUGGUGUUGCCGGCACCACAGCCGGCCCCGCUGCAGCCCUGGCCGCUGCCCCGGCUCCACCCUGCGCGCCGGCUGCUGCCGCCCCUCGGCUGACGGGCCGGCAGUAUUACUCCGGGCUGUGCAUCAAGGCGGUGAACCAGUGCGUGGGCAGGGUCAUCCGGCACGCACGUGACUACGCCGCUGUCGUACUUGUGGACGAGCGCUACCUGCCGCCGCCACACUUCCAACCGCCGCAACAUCACCAACCGUCAACUUCGGCUAGCAACGGCAGCGGAGCCGCCGCUGCUAGUGGCGGCGGUGGCGGCGGUGCGGUCAUUGGCAGCCUGCCGCGCUGGGUGUUAUCGUCGCUGCGCACCUCGCCAGAGCCCGGCGUGACUGGCAGCUUCGCGCAUGUGCACUCGACCCUCACUGGGUUCUUCAAGAGCCGCCAGGCUGGCGAGGCCGCCGCCGCCACCGCCGCCGCCGCUCCUGCGGCUGCUGCCGCCACAGGCGCCGCCACUGCUGCCGCGGCUCCGCAAUAGCCGCCUUCGAGCGCCCCUAACCCGGUCAUCAGACAUUUUGGUAUGUGUGCAUGUAAUUAACAACGAAACGGAAGGAGACCCGCCGAAGUUCCUUACGGAUGUCUUUAGACUACGAAAGGAUGCACGCUUAUGCUUAUGUGUGAGUUAUGUGUGCGUGGACGACUUUAUGUAUUUCAUGGGACUGGGGAAGCGUAGGCCCAUCGCGCAGCGGUACCGUACGGUAUCGUUGGGGUACGGUAGGGGUACGAACACGUACGGCAUGCAAUGCAUGGCAGCAGGAUGGCAGGGUGGGCACAGGCGAGAGCGCGGGGUUGCGUGUCGUGUGCCACAUGCAGCGCUGGGGACCUGAGGUAGGCACGUGCACCUAACCGAGCGCGAGGAUUUUUCAAGUGCGGUGCGGCGCAUCAUGAGGUCAUGCACCCGAUACUCCGGUAGCCUGCAAUACCGUAUGUGUUUUGGGCCCUGACUUGAAGUAACGUGAAGAAGCGUGGAGUGCCAAGCGGUGUUGAGCAGGUGGGAGCUCCCCGAGCGAUGCGUGUGUGUGAAGGUGUGAUUGUGUGAUGUGGUAGCGGACAAGGCAAGUGGUUUUGUGUUUGCACCAAGGGAGGAGGCUCUCCUCUCCCCUGGUUUGCACAUGGCAGCGGCGGCGUGUUUCACCGCAGUGCGCUGAGCUGCACUGCACGGUUCUCCGGGGGGGGGGCACACGUGUAACAACGCGCACGG